AUGGGACAAGGAGAAAGCAAUCGAAUGACCAUGCAGUUAAUUGAAGAUAUUUUAAAAGACAGAGGAGAGAGAGUACAGAUACAGGAAUUUUUAGAAUUCAUAGACGAGAUAUGCCCUCGGUUUUCACAGUGUAGGACUGUAGACAUAGCUGUAUGGAGAGAAGUAAGAAUGAGAACCCAACAACAUUAUUGUAAUUAUGGACCAGAAAGCAUCCCUGAGGAUACGCCUUAUUUUUGGAUGCUGAUACAGGAGAGGUUGGACUCAGAUCCUGAUCAACAGGAGGCAGUUCCAUCUGCUCUACCUGAGGAGUUACUAGAUACUCUUUCAGAACAGAGCAGUAACAACAGGCCAGAGACUAAUGAUUCAGGCCUUGAAAGGGAGUUCUCAUCCCUCUCACUAGCAAACGGUAAUGCUGAGAGGCAGGGACAUGAGGACAGAGUUCAGAGAGAAAUAAAAGGCCUGAGAAGGAUGGUAACCUCACUAUCACGCAGAUUAGGAGCUAUGCAGAUACAGGAUUCUUUUCAGAAGAACAAUAGCCUUCCUACAGCAAUGGCGGGCUUAGAUCCACCCUUGGCUCAGAGUACACUGAAGGUGAAGCAGAGGCAUAAUGAUAACAGUGAAUCUCCUCUACAAGCUUGUAUCAGAGAAGUCGUUAGCAGAGAAGAAGAGGUGCAAGGAUUUCAAUUGUUCCCAGUUAUCAAGCAGAGAGAUGCGCAAGGAAAUCUGCUUAGAGUACAUACUCCUAUAUCAUUUAAGUUACUCAAAGAAUUAAAAACUGCUUGUGCUCAAUAUGGUGCCACGGCAUCCUUUACCCAGACACUGGUGGAAAAUAUAGCUGUAGAAGCUCUGCCACCAGCAGAUUGGAAGCAGAUAGCCAAGGCUUGCCUGUCAGGAGGAGGCUAUCUAUUGUGGAAAACUGAAUUUACAGAACAGUGUCAGGCCACAGCCGAGAGAAACAGGACUCAGCAGAUUCCUAUUUCAUACGAGAUGCUGGCAGGUAAAGGACCCUAUACGGGAGCAAAUCAGCAAUUAGAAUAUAAUAUGGUAGCUUAUGUCCAGAUCACUACAGCAGCCAAGAAGGCCUGGAAUAAGCUUCCAUCGUCAAAAGAGCAGACUGAGGAGUUGUCUAGAUUAAGACAGGGACCAGAUGAGUUAUUUCAGGAUUUUGUUUCCAGACCAACUCAGGCAUCUAGUAAGUUGAUUGGAGACUCAGAAGCAGCACAGAUAAUAAUUAAGCAGUUAGCAUUUGAGAACGCCAAUGCUAUAUGCAAGGCGGCUAUAAGGCCUUUUAAGAAACAAGGUAAAGUUGCAGAUUAUAUCCGAAUCUGCUCGGACAUUGGCCAAUCAUAUAUGCAAGGAAUGGCAUUAGCGGCUGCUUUACAGGGAAAGACAAUUAAUGAUGUCUUAUCCCAGCAGGGAGACCUAGCCCCAGGAAAAGCGCAAGCUACAGGAAUGCCUGGAGGCUGUUUUGGAUGUGGUCUUAUGGGACAUCAGAUCAGACGAUGUCCUGAUAGGAGAGCAAGCCCUAGAACUAGGAGAGAACCAGGAUUGUGUAGGAGAUGCAGGAGAGGAAAGCAUUGGACUAGUGAGUGA